GUCCGGAUGUGCUGUACGAUAUUGUAAAAAUUGGGAUGAAAAUACAAAUGACAAAACAAUACAAUAUUAUCCAUUCCCACAAGAUCCAAUAAUUGCACAAAAAUGGUUAGAGGCAUGUAAUGUUGAUAAUUUCAGUAACCUCCAAAGUGGACAUGUCUGUGCUAUACACUUUACAAACGAUUGUUUUAAGAUGACAGAUUAUUUAAUUGCACCUGGAUGUGAACCAAUUGAAGAACUCACACCAAAUGCAAUACCUACAAGAUAUUUAAACUUUGAACCUGUACCUGUUCCAAUUCAUAUAAGUUCACCACCGCAACCAGACGAUAAUGAUGAUGAUGUAAAAAUAGAACACAUCAAUCUUGAACAAAAUAGUGCGGGGUUUUUAAUUAAACAAGAAAUUAAAGAAGAACUCGAAAACGAUGAAAAUAAAGGUGAUGGAAGUGAAAAACAGUGUAGAGUGUGUAAUAAAAUGUGUGAAAGUGGUUCUCCUGAUGGUAAAUGUUCUGAGUGUCGAGCACAAGGUACAAAUUCAUCAGCUAGUGAUUCUGAACUUCCCGAUUUAAAUAAUUCCCUUAAAAACUAUACACGAACUUUAGAUAAACGUAAAAAAUUAAAAAGUGGUGAGAAACGAACGUGGAAAUGUGACACAUGUGAGAAAAUUUUUACCGCACAUAGUCAUUUAAAACGGCAUAUUAAAAUUCAUACCGGUGAAAAAUCAUAUCAGUGUAUCGCUUGUGGAAAAACGUUUACGCAACAAAGUAGUUUAACGAUACAUGAACGGAUACAUACGGGUGAAAGACCUUAUGCAUGUGAAUAUUGUGAUAAGACCUUUAUCGAUGGUGAUAGUUUAACGCGUCAUGAACGAACACAUACGGGUGAACGACGUUAUAAGUGUAAUAUUUGUGAGAAAACCUACACGACGCAAAGUCAUUUAAAACGGCAUGAAAAAAUUCAUUCGGGAGAUCGACCAUUUAAGUGUAUUAUUUGUGAGAAAACAUUCACAUCGCAAAGUAAUCUGAACACACACAUGCAAACACAUACCGGAGAUCGUCAUUAUAACAAUCAUUCAUCAUCAUCUUCAACGGGUAUGUACAAUACACCAGCUCCAGAAACUUAUAUGCCAACGUACACCCAUUUAACAAAUCAUAUGUUACCGGAAACAACUGACACCGAAACUGUUAAAGUAAAUCCAACACCAAUUGUUCCAGGUCCACCAUUAGCACCGGGUGAGAAACCAAUACCACCUGGUGAAAAACCACAUAAAUGUCCUGAUUGUGAUCAAGCAUUUAAUCAUUACAGUAAUUUAGUACGACAUUCUCGAACACAUUUAAGUGAGAAAACGUACGUUUGUGAGUAUUGUGACCAAACAUUUUUAAAUCAAAGUACCUUAACGAUUCAUAUACGAACACAUACGGGGGAACGACCUUAUCGAUGUAACAUUUGUGAACAAACCUUUAUAGUUCAGUGUCAUUUAAAACGGCAUGAGAAAACACACACCGGAGAUAGACCGUAUAAAUGUGAGUUUUGUGAGAAAACAUUUAUCGAUUCAAGUGGAAAAACACGACAUGUUCGAAUUCAUACCGGCGAACGUCCUUACAAGUGUGAUAUUUGCGAUAAAACAUUUAUCGUACAAAGUCAUUUAAAACGGCAUGAAAAAAUUCACACUGGGGAUCGACCUUAUAAAUGUGAUCAUUGUCCGAAAGCAUUCCGGACGCAAAGUAAUUUGAACACACAUAAAAAAGUGCAUAAAAAGAAGAAACGACGUAAAAACGCCACUUCUGAGAGUGAAUCGGGUGGGAAUGAUUCAGAUGAUUCAUUCUGGGGUGGGCAAGAAUUAUUUAAGUGUAAUGUUUGUAACGAACAAUUUAAGAAACAGUCCGAAUUAAAAAAGCAUCGGAAAACUCAUGCGAAAAUGCAAUCGUAUAAAUGUGAUGUAUGCGAAAAAGAAUUUAAAUCGCGAAUCGAUUUUGUACGACAUAGUCGUACACACACUGGAGAAAAACCGUAUCAAUGUAAUUUUUGUGGGAAAACAUUUACACAACAAAGUAGUUUAACAAUUCAUGAGCGUAUACAUUCAGGGGAAAAACCAUACACUUGUGAAAUAUGUAACAAGAAAUUUAAGGAUGGGGAUAGUUUAACACGUCAUAUGCGUGUUCACACGGGAGAACGACCGUAUAAGUGUAAUAUUUGUGAGAAAACAUUUAAGGUUCAUAGUCAUUUAAAACGGCAUGAACAAUUACAUACCGGUUUACGACCUUAUAAAUGUAUUAUCUGCGAAAAAACAUUUACAACACAAUUUAACUUAAAUUCACAUUCGAACACACAUUUCGGUGAGAAACCAUAUUCGUGUAAUGUUUGUAACAAGAAAUUCAUUGAUCAAGCUGGAUUAUCGAAACAUAUGAGAAAUCAUAAUGUUGAACCGGUUAUCCAACCACCACUGUUUGAAACGAUUCCAGCAUAUCCUCAACAGAAUAUCUUAAUGCCACCGGCUCCGAGAGUUGAUCUUCACGAUUCCAUGGGAAGACCUUCUUAUACACAUACACCAGAAAGUUCGUCACACCAGAGUAUGCCUGAUCCAGUUUAUCAACGUAAUUUAAAUCCUAUGAAUAUGGGUUAUAAUUAUCCUCCAAGUACACAGUUAAUUGAUCCGAAUCCGUAUAAUAAUCUUUGGGGAGAUAUGUCAGGAAUGAAAAUUCCUACAUACACGAAUGAAAUCUAUAAAUCAGAAAUGCCUGAUAAUAAGAUGUAUGAAGAACAGAAUGAACAUAAUUCUUCGGAUAUGAAAAUAAAUCAUCAAAUUGAACCGAAGGAUGUUGUUCAAACGGAAAUCAAAGAAGAGGGUACAAACGAGGAUAUUUUUAACAAUCAAGUUGAAGAUAUUGUCAAAAAAGAACAUGAUGUAAAGCCAAGAUGUGUCCUAUGCAAUAAAUUAUGCGAUGGGGACGAAAAGAAUUAUUCGAAAAAUGAUAAUGGAUUACUUUGCGCUACGUGUGGUGAACAAGGUAGUCAGGAUGAAGAUGAUCAACAAUCAAAUCAUUCAAAUGAUACAUUUAUGGAUAACAACGAUAAUAACGAUAACGAUAAUGCAUUUAGUGAAGAAGAGGAAAAAUUCGAAAUAGAAAAAUAUCCGGAUGAUCCAACGAAGCCGUAUAAAUGUAAGAUUUGUGGUAAAGGAUUCAAAAAACAGAAUGUUUUAAAACGACAUGAAAAAUUACCGCAUAAUGGACGACGACCGCAUAAAUGUGAGACUUGUAAUAAAAUAUUUAAAAAUUUAUCACGCUUAAAACGACAUAAAAAAACACAUACGGGCGAACGACCGUAUCAAUGUAAUAUUUGUGGGAAAACAUUCACACAACAGAAUAAUUUAACGAAACAUAAUCGAAUUCAUACGGGUGAAAAACCAUAUACUUGUGAAGUUUGUGGUAAACCUUUUAAGGAUUCAGACAGUUUAACCAAACAUGUCCGUAUACAUACAGGGGAACGGCCGUAUAAAUGUUCAAUUUGCGGUAAAUCGUUUAUAGUACAAAGUCAUUUAAAACGACAUGAACGUAUUCACACAGGGGAUCGACCCUAUAAAUGUGAAAUAUGUGAGAAAGCAUUUCGCACGCAAAGUAAUCUUAAUACACAUACUAGUACGCAUUUCGGUGAAAAACCUCAUGCAUGUGAUUUAUGUAACAAAACAUUCACUCAAUUAUCAACGUUAACCAAACAUAAGCGUAUCCAUACGGGGGAGAAACCAUUCACAUGUACAAUUUGUGGUAAAACAUUUAUCGAUGCAAGUAGCUUAACAAAACAUAUCCGAGUUCAUACGGGUGAAAAACCGUAUAAAUGUAACGAAUGUGAUCAACACUUUGCGUUACGUAGUAACUUAAGUCGUCAUGCACGUACUCAUACAGGAGAACGUCCAUACACAUGUGAUAUAUGUGAGAAAACAUUUAUCGAUUCAAGUGGUUUAACCAAACAUAAACGUACACACAGUGGGGAGAAACCGUAUAAAUGUAAUAUUUGUGAAAAAGCAUUUACACAGCAAAAUAAUUUAACGGAACAUUCACGUAUCCAUACGGGGGAGAGUCCGUUUAAAUGUAAAUAUUGUCAUCAAGCUUUCCCACGCCAAAGUAAUUUAACACAACAUGUACGUACACAUACCGGAGAAAGACCAUUCCGUUGUGAUGUAUGCUUCCAAACAUUUGCUCGUUUGGAUAGUUUAACACAACAUAUGCGUAAUCACACCGGGGAACGACCGUAUAAGUGUGGAACAUGUGAUAAAACAUUUACACGACCGGAUAGUUUACAUCGUCAUAAAAAGAUUCAUACGGGUGAACGAGCGUAUAAGUGUGCUACUUGUGGUAAAACAUUUAUACAGCAUGGUAACUUAAUACAACAUGAGCGUACGCACACGGGGGAGAAACCAUUUAAAUGUAAUGUUUGUGAUAAACGUUUUACGAGUCGUAGCCAUUUGAAAGUACAUUCACGUAUACAUACCAGGGAUAAAUGUUUUAAGUGUAAUAUUUGUGAUAAAGCCUUUUUAGAUACGGAUCGAUUACGAAAACAUCAAAAGAUUCAUACCAAAAAUGUACCAUUUAUGAUUAAGAGUGAAUCUUAUGAUAUGUAAAAUUGUACAAAAUUCGUUUACGGAGUCAUUUCUAUGCCAAUUUAAUGUAGUUACAAAAAAAUUUCAUCAUUUUCGCGAAGAAACUUAACAAAAUGUACCUACUAUUCAUUUACACAAUGUUUAUCAACAAAAGAUCAAUAAUUAAGGAAGUGGGAUCGUGAACACCAUU